GAAACAACAUGGAAUGAGCUGCCAGAAGAAGCAGUUGAGGCAGGAACUGUAACAAGAUUAAAAAUACAUUUAAACUGGUACAUGCAUAGGAAAGGUUUAGAGGGAUAUGGGCCAAACGCAAGCAAGUAGGACUAGUGUAGAUGGGGCACCUUGGCUCGGCAGGCUGGGCUGAAGGACUUAUUUCUGUGCUGUAUGACUCGAUGACUCUCUGUGACUCAGGUUCUUAUUAAAUCUUUCCCCUCUCACAUUAACGUAUACCCUAAAUGCAGGCAGGUAGGACUAGUGUAGAUGGGGCAUUUUGAUCAGCAUUUAGAGGGCUUGUUUCCAUGCUGUGUGACGAUUCCGUCUCUAUAUUAUAAAAUUGCAAACUUGGUUUUCCUCUCUUUGUUAUGAACUGCUAAGGCAUGCCAAGAGCUGCUCAUGUUUAACUUGACUGAGUUAUAGUGGUGACCACAUUGCCACGCCCUCUGUUAAAUAUUUAUAAGGACUUGACUUCCUAUUUCCUGUCUAGUGCUGUGGCUCUGUCAGUGUGAUCGUUUUCUGAAGAACACAAUCCAAACUGCGAGGACAUGUCUGAAAUGUGAAACAGCUGUUUGUUCUCUGAACAUAAAACUAAACGUAAUUGGAGCAGUUUACGCCGAUCACACCCUAAUGGAACCUAUGACAGAAAGGCAUUGCCUUGAGCACAAGAGACCCAUACUGUUCUACUGUCAAAAUCAUGCCGUGUGUGUGUGUGACUCCUGCAUAACAGAGAAACAUCAAUCCCAUACACUACUGAGUCUGGAUCAGGCACAAGCUACAAUUAAGGAAGAUUUGAAGACAGAUAUUGAAAGACUUCAGGAAGAGAUCUGCUCCAUCAAACAGGAUGAUUUGAAGAGAUCAGAAGCUGAUUUAAAGGCACAGGUCAUUGAACUGAAAAGAAGACUAUCCAAAAGAUACUACGACAGAAAAAAGCAGCUGGAAGAAGAUGAAGAAUACAUCCUGAGAUUAAUUGAUGAUGAAGGUCUUCGAACUCUGUCGCGGAUUAAGAGCUAUUCUGAAACAUUAACCAGGGAACAGGAACGGAUUAUACUAAUAGAUCACGAUGCGCAGAGUCUGGAACAGGGAGACUCCCUCUCCUUUAUUCAGAUCCUCUCAAGCUCUGUCAGGUUGGAUGGGGAGCGUCGAUGCACAGCUAUUUUCAGGUCCCUCCAGAGAUGUUCAAUUGGGUUCAAGUCCGGGCUCUGGCUGGGCCACUCAAGGACAUUCACAGACUUGUCACAAAGCCACUCCUGCAUUGUCUUGGCUGUGUGUUUAGGGUCGUUGUCCUGUUGGAAGGUGAACCUCCGCCCUAGUCUGAGGUCCAGAACGCUCUGGAGCAGGUUUUCAUCAAGGAUCUCUCUGUACUUUGCUUCGUUCAUCUUUCCCUCGAUCCUGACUAGACUCCUAGUUCCUGCCGCUGAAAAACAUCCCCACAGCAUGAUGCUGCCACCACCAUGCUUCACCGUAGGUAUGGUAUUGGCCAGGGGAUGAGCAGUGCCUGGUUUCCUCCAGAUGUGAUGCUUGGAAUUCGGGCCAAAGAGUUCAAUCUUGGUUUCAUCAGACCAGAGAAUCUUGUUUAGGUGCCUUUUGGCAAACUCCAAGUGGGCUGUCAUGUGCCUCUUACAAAGGAGUGGCUUCUGUCUGGCCACUCUACCAUAAGGCCUGAUUGGUGGAGUGCUGCAGAUUAUAGUUGUCCUUCUGGAAGGUUCUCCCAUCUCCACAGAGGAAUUCUAGAGCUCUUUCAAAGUGACCAGCGGGCUCUUGGUCACCUCCCUGACCAAGGCCCUUCUCCCCCGAUUGCUCAGUUUGGCCGGGCGGCCAAUUCUAUGAAGAGUCAUGGUGGUUCCAAAGUUCUUCCAUUUGAGAAUGACGGAGGCCACUGUGCUCUUCGGGACCUGCAAAGCUGCAGAAAUUGUUUUAUACCCUUCCCCAGAUCUAUGUCUCGACACAAUCCUGUCUCGGUUUACAGACAAUUUUUAAUGUCAUAGCAAAGGGUCUGAAUACUUAUGUAAAUGUGAUAUUUCAGUUAUUUCUUUUUAAUUACUUUGCAAAUAUUUCUAAACACCUGUUUUUGCUUCUUCAUUCGGGGUUUUGUGUGUAGAUUGAUGAUAAAAAAAAAAAAGAAUCAAUUUUAAAAUAAGGCUGUAAUGUAACAAAAUGUAGAAAAAGUGAAGGGGUCUGAAUACUUUCUGAAUGCACCGUACAUUAAUUGUUGUAUUUAUCAAUACUGUGUGUGUACAGAUUACUCUGAGCUUCAUAUCAACAGGGAAUUUCAUUGCACCAUGCCGUAUAUGAUAAUAAACCUGUAUGAUUUGACAUUUCCUCCAAAUCUGCUCGUCCUGAACACAAAGGCAUUUAGAUUUCCAUCCAGACAGAGGAUGCAGUACAUUCAACAGGAUUUAGACAAACUCCUAAACAUCUUUCAACAACAGGGAUAAAAACCCUGCAAAAUUAAUCUCUAGGAUUGUUGGUGCUUCCUCAGCUUCACCCGUGCCGGGUUCAUGUAGCCUCAGCCCAAUUCUGGGAAUGAUGCAUCAUCUGCCCAAGUCUGAGGUUGUU